CGCAAUUUUUCUCUUGUUUCCUCUGACUUCAAUAUCUUAUCACCACCCUCUUCUUAUUCGCUUGUUGUCCAUUCCGUUCCAUGGAUUCCAUCAUCAAAUCAACCUUCCCAAUUUUCACGACCAACCCAUUUUUCCUCUCAACAAGAUCUCUCAGACCCUUCAAGGUUUCCAUCAAACCACCACCACCUCCUCCAGAUUUCAAUUACAGGCUAGAGAUCUCCGAGGAGUCCAGAGCCGCCAUAGCUGAAUCUCACCCUGAGUUACUUGACUUGGCUGACAAUGGGAGCUUGGUUUUGGUCCAAAAGAAUAGGUUUGGCCCUGUCCCUUCUUGGAGGACUGAAUUUGUGGAACCUGAAUCCAUUUGGUUGGUGGGAACUACACAUGUUUCUAAGGAAUCGGCUAUGGAGGUUGAACGCGUGGUGCGGGCUCUCAGACCAGAUAAUGUUGUUGUAGAGCUCUGUCGAAGCAGGCAAGAAAGAACAAAUUUGAACCCAAUUUUAAUAGCUGGGAUAAUGUAUGCUGCUGCCGAUGAUGAGCUUGGCAAACAGAUAAGGUCUAAUAUGUUUUCUUUGAGCGGGACUGGAUUUUUUGGAGCUGUUGGUCGUAGCAUAAACCUGGGUGGUCAAACUGCUUUAGCAUUACGAUUGCUUCUGGCUGCUUUUUCAUCAAAGAUCUCUUCAGAUAUUAACCGCCCUUUUGGUGAUGAGUUCCGUGCUGCUCGAAAAGCUUCUGAGGAAGUUGGUGCACAAAUAGUUUUGGGAGAUCGACCAAUUGAAAUAACACUUCAGAGAGCAUGGAAGGCUUUGAAAUGGACUGACAAACUAAGUUUAGUGAUCUCAGUCGUUCGUGGGAUAACAUCGUCAUCUGACAUUUCUACUAAUAAACUUGAGUUGCAGGAAGCAAGUACGGAUGAUGGCACAUUUCAGCUUUAUGAACAACUGAGUCUUUCAUAUCCAUCACUAUUACCACCUCUCAUACAUGAACGAGAUACUUAUCUUGCAUGGUCACUGAAGCGAAGCAAAGCUGUGAAUAACUGUAAAAGGGUGGUGGGUGUCAUUGGAAAAGGCCACAUGAAUGGCGUAAUAUAUGCACUGGUAUCUGAUACAGGGAAUUUGAGAUUUCGAGACCUUGUAGGGAAAAAUUCAUAUGAUGGGGUUUCCAAUGGCUGGAUUGAUGGCCUAGUCAAGAGUUUAGUGAGGGACACAGUCAUCGGCAUUCUCUUAUGGGCCUUGUAUGAAUUGAUAAAUGGCGGAACAUAAAACAAUCUCAUUUAGUUUUUCAGUUUUGUUCAGAACUCCCAAGAAUCAAUAGCAAAAGAUACAAAAUAAGAGUUGUUAGUUGCAUAUUAUAAGUACUCACAUAAAGCGAGUUGCACAUAAAUGCAUAGUGUUCAAUUGAUGUUUUGUGAGUCGUGUGGGAAGGGAAUAUUGGAUUUUUCUGCUUCAUAAAAUUCAUGUGAAUU